AAGCAAUUCUCUGCUAUGAAUAAAUUGAAGAAGAUGGCAUUGCGUGUUAUUGCUGAGAGGCUAUCUGAGGAAGAAAUUGGUGGCCUGAAAGAAUUAGUCAAUAUGAUUGACACAAGCAACAGUGGAACCAUAACAUUUGAUGAGUUAAAAGAUGUCUUAAAGCGAGUAGGAUCUAAACUCAUGGAGUCUGAAAUCAAGGAUCUCAUGGAUGCUGCAGAUAUUGAUAACAGUGGGACAAUUGACUAUGGUGAAUUCAUUGCUGCCACUGUUCAUCUAAAUAAGCUAGAGAGAGAGGAAAACAUGGUGUCAGCCUUCUCCUAUUUUGACAAAGAUGGUACUGGCUAUAUAACCCUUGAUGAGAUUCAACAAGCUUGUAAGGACUUUGGUUUAGAUGAUGUCCAUAUUGAUGAAAUGAUCAAGGAAAUCGAUCAGGAUGAUGAUGGACAAAUAGAUUAUGGAGAGUUUGCUGCCAUGAUGAGAAAGGGCAAUGGAGGGAUAGGAAAGAGAACUAUGAGAAACACACUUAAAUUUAAGAAAUGCUCUGGAAUUAGUGGGCAAUGUACACAAUCAAGUUAUUGA